GACGAGAUGCGCGCUGAGCCAAUAAGGAGGCGGGGCGGGCUCUGAGGGCGGGGUCACGUGACCAGAAUAGGAAGUCGGAGCGUCGCUAUGACGGCGGCGCUGACGCAGGGGCUGGAGCGGGUGCCGGCCCAGGCCGGGUACCUCGUCAUCAGCGACGGCGCCGUGCUGGCGUCCUCGGGGGACCUGGAGAACGACGAGCACACGGCCACGGUGCUGCAGGGCCUGGUGGCCACGGCCCUGGGGCUGCGCCUGCCCCGCGGCCACGAGCCGCCCUUCCGCCGCCUCUCGGUGGUGUUUGGCGAGCACUCCCUCCUCGUCACCGUCUCGGGACAGAAACUCUUCGUGGUCAAGCGCCACCACCACGUGCAGGAGCCGGUGGCCGUGUGAGGAAUGUCCCCAGAGUGUCCCCAAAUGUCCCCAGAGGAGGAGGAGGUGGCACCACCGCCCUGUCCCCCCUCCUGCUGUCCCCAAAGUGUCCCCAAAUCCCCCCGUGGGGACAAUAAACGGCGUCCGAGGGCG